CGCCGGCAGGGGCACCUGCGGCGGCGGUGGGCGCGGGAGGCGGCGCCGCGCGGCUGGGGUGUCCGCAGCGCUGAGAGGGCAGGCUCGGCCCCGCCGCUGCCGCACAGGCCUCUGCCGCUCGGCGCCUCGCAGCGCCGGUUCUGCACCCAGAGAGGCGUCCGGCGUUUAGCGGACCUCCAUGUACGACAAUUUGUACCUGCAUGGAUUUGAAGACUCGGAGGCGGGCUCAGCAGAUUCCUACACAAGCAGACCCUCAGACUCUGAUGUCUCUUUGGAAGAAGAUAGGGAAGCAGUCCGCCAAGAAAGAGAACAGCAAGCAGCUAUACAACUUGAAAGGGCAAAGUCCAAACCAGUAGCAUUUGCUGUUAAGACUAACGUGAGUUACUGUGGAGCUCUGGAUGAAGAUGUUCCUGUCCCAAGCACUGCCAUCUCUUUUGAUGCCAAGGACUUCCUACACAUUAAAGAGAAAUAUAAUAAUGACUGGUGGAUAGGAAGGCUGGUUAAAGAGGGCUGCGAGAUUGGCUUUAUUCCAAGCCCGCUUAGACUGGAGAAUAUCCGCAUUCAGCAGGAGCAGAAGAGAGGACGUUUCCAUGGAGGGAAAUCGAGUGGGAAUUCUUCUUCAAGUCUUGGAGAAAUGGUUUCUGGCACAUUUCGAGCCACACCUACUUCCACGGCAAAACAGAAACAGAAAGUGACAGAACACAUUCCCCCAUAUGAUGUAGUACCAUCAAUGAGGCCUGUUGUUUUGGUGGGUCCAUCACUGAAAGGCUAUGAGGUGACAGACAUGAUGCAGAAAGCUCUCUUUGACUUCCUGAAGCACAGGUUUGAUGGGAGGAUAUCAAUAACUAGAGUGACAGCUGACAUUUCUCUUGCUAAGAGGUCUGUUCUAAAUAAUCCAAGCAAGAGGGCAAUAAUUGAGCGGUCAAAUACAAGAUCCAGUUUAGCUGAAGUACAGAGUGAAAUUGAAAGAAUCUUUGAGCUGGCAAGGUCCUUACAACUGGUUGUCCUAGAUGCAGACACUAUCAAUCACCCUGCACAACUUAUCAAGACAUCUUUAGCACCAAUUAUUGUCCAUGUGAAGGUGUCUUCUCCAAAGGUUUUGCAGCGGCUGAUUAAAUCUAGAGGAAAGUCACAAAGUAAACACUUGAAUGUUCAGUUGGUGGCAGCCGACAAACUUGCACAAUGCCCACCAGAAAUGUUUGAUGUAAUUUUGGAUGAAAAUCAGCUUGAAGAUGCUUGCGAACACUUGGCAGAAUAUCUUGAGGCGUAUUGGCGUGCUACUCACACCACCAGUAGCACACCCAUGACUCCUCUCCUUGGGCGAAAUUUAGGAUCCACUGCACUUUCACCAUAUCCUGCUGCAAUCUCUGGAUUACAGAGCCAGCGUAUGAGGCACAGCAGCCAUUCCGCAGAGAACUCUCCAAUUGAGCGACGAAGUCUAAUGACCUCAGAUGAAAAUUAUCACAAUGAAAGGGCUCGGAAGAGCAGGAACCGCUUGUCUUCCAGUUCCCAACACAGCCGAGAUCACUAUCCUCUAGUGGAAGAAGAAUACUCUGACUCAUACCAGGACACGUACAAACCCCACAGGAACCGAGGAUCCCCUGGAGGAUACAGCCAUGAUUCACGACAUAGGCUUUGAGUUCAAGAACAUGGGGAAAAAUAGUAUUCAUCAGUUAGUAACUGCCAUAACGUAGCUAGGAAAAGAAAUUAAAAAUCAAUCAUGUUAAUUUGGCAGAUGUAACACGGUCAUACUGAAGUUGCACUCUGCUGUCACUUGAUGUUAAGUAGGGGGCAAAAAAAAAGUUACCAGGCCCUUACGUUUAUGCCCGAUCAUAUAGGUUGUUUUUUGGGUUAUUUAUUUUAUUUUUAGUACAGCAUUUGCAUUUAUAGCCAUAUUUUCUUGUCAUUAGAUACUAAACACAUCCGUUUGUAAUUUAGGGUACUUAUCAAGGCACUUAUAGAAUAAUUUCCUGUGCUGGAAAUUCCAAAUGACCAGUUCCAGUUGGAACCAAUUUAUAAACCAAUUCCUGUUGGAAUUCGGGUGAAUUGACUGGAAAGUCGACUUGAGCAUGUUGCAAUCAGGUUAAAAAAAAAAAGACAAAUGAAAAAUCUGAAAAUUAGAAACCACUAGAAGCCGGACAGUCAGCUGUUUGUUUGCUGGAAGCUCAAUUUACAUUUAAAGUUAGAAUAAGAGGAUUUAUUCUAGCUACUUAUUUCCAGAAUGGUUUUUUCAGACAGACCAAAUGUAAACUAUUGAGAGUGCCAAAUACCAGAAAUUAUUGCAGCAGUUAUACUUUCCAGUUUAAAAUUCUUUUUAGACCUGGCGUGAAUGUUGCAGCAAAACAAUUUCUUUAGUUUAGCCAGUACUGACAUUUUUGUUGCAGUCAGCAAUGAUGAACUAUGUCAGGAGAAGGGGAAAUACAAAUGGGAAAAUGAACAAACUUACAAAUAGUUUGUAUGGUUAGAGGUUGAGAAUAGCUUUUUUUUUUUUCCCUGUUUCCCUGUUGUUUUCCCUAGCUAGCAUUCCCAAAAUGGAACAUUAGUGUUUAGAUACAUAAUAUCUUUUUUCCCAUUUUCUUAGUAUUCUGCUUUUUAAAUGGAAAAUGGUACACUUUUCUUACCCAGUGUGUAGAGCACUACAUUCCAGUACAUCUGAGUAGCUACCUAUGUGUUACAUCUUUCAAAAUCCAUCUCUGAAACGUCUGAAAAUUCCAGCAUCGCACAAGAACUCUCCAGAAGAUCAGUUUAAAUACCAGUAAUGAAAUCUGAGGGAAGGGAGGGGGGUUAAAUAUUUGUAAAUCAUAAGCAUUUAAAAUAACACAUUGGUCAGAAUUAGACUGCAAUAAAAAUGGAGUAUCAGAAAAAAAUCAGCUCACAGCAAAGUGGUAGAACUGACAUUUUUGAUUCAAAGAGCUAUGAUAAAUCUUUGGAGAUGUUGCUGCCUUACUUCCUAACAAACACUUCCUUUCACCUACUGAAUCUUCAGUUUCUUUAAAUAGAUAAGUUCAUGUGAUUGGACCUUAUGUCUUACGCGAUCAGUGAAGCCUUAGAUCCAGUGUGACUGAAAAAUUCACCAUAAUAGACCGUUUUGUACAACUCUCUAAUGUCUUUAAGCAAAGACUCCUGGAAUUCCCCACUGCCUUUCUAAACUUGACAGAACUGUGCUGAUCAUCCUUUUUUUUAUGCAGGUUCCUGUCAAAACUUUUUUUUUCUUUUCU